AGAUAUUAAACUGAUUCCUGCUUGAAUAUGAUGACACUGAUCAUCAUGCAAUAAAAGGCAACUAAUUACAGAAAAGGGGCUUUCUUGUUGCUGGGCUAAGAAUUUGCCGAUGCAGUCCAGUUUGCCACCCGGACUCCUGAUGUCUGCAAGUGUUCUGAUAAGUUGAGGGUGACUAGGACUUGUAUAAAGAGACUACAGCACGGUUUGCUAUCCAACAUUUCACAUCUGACAAUGACAACUGAGAGCAUUGUGUUAUACGAAGACAGGAACUUCCAAGGAAGAUCCUAUGAGUGUAAGGGGGACACAAGUGACCUUCAUACUUUUUUUAGCCGCUGUAAUUCUGCAAGGGUGAAGGGGGGCUGUUGGGUUCUGUAUGAGAGGCCAAACUACAUGGGCUAUCAGUAUAUACUGGCCCCAGGGGAAUAUCCAGAUUAUCACCACUGGAUUGGCUUCAAUGACUGUGUCCGAUCUUGUCGUUUAGUCAGGCAUGUCACUGGACAUCUCAAGCUGAAAAUCUUUGAGAGGCCCAAUUUUGAUGGCCAAAUGUGGGAAGUUACAGAAAGCACCCCGUCCAUUCAGGAACGCUUCCUCUGCAGAGAGGUCCAUUCCUGCAAAGUCCUCGAAGGUCCCUGUGUGUUCUUCGAACAUGCAAACUACCAUGGCCGUCAGUACCUCCUUGAGAAGGGAGAGUACAGCCGCCACACUGAAUGGGGGGCCAUGACUCCCACUGUGGGCUCUAUUCGCCAGAUCACCAUAGACUGUUGAAAUGAAAACCUGUUAUCACUACUACUGAAAAAGUAUUGAAAAAUAAAUUUUUUG